AUGAAGUUGCCACAGCUGUGGACAGUGUCUCUGUCCCUCUUCGGGCUGUUCCUUGCCCUCACCUACGCCUCUCCCGCCCCUCAGCAUGUCAAGCGGGCACCUCAGGUCUCCUUGAUCAACCACUCGUACAGCAACGCCGUACUCUCUGGAACGAUCAAUGUCCAAAACAUCGCCUAUUCGAAAGUGGUAGAGGUCGUCUGGGCCGUCGGCGACAGCUGGAGCGACUCCCAAAUCAUCCCGGCCACCUACACUUCAUCUGGAUCCAACAACUUCGAAACCUGGGCUUUUUCCGGCAGGGCAUCUGGCGCUACUCAGUUCUACAUCCGUUACACCGUCUCUGGCCAAACUUACUACGACCCCGGCAACUACCAGAACCACCAAGUCAACCGACCCCCGUCAAACUCUCAACCUCCAGUUGUCACUAGUUCGACCGCCGUGGUGCCGCCGCCGACUUCCACGACCGCUCCUGCUCCCCCACCUACUGGCACUGUCGCACCAGGCAAUCUUCCUCCCAUAAUUCCUGCCAACAUCCCUUAUGAAGCCCCCGCCACUCCCCCUACUGGAUGCAACAACUUCAACGGCCUUGAUAACUGCCAGGGCAACAGCCAUGAGAUGGCUGCUUCAUCCGAGCGUCGUCGAUGGCAAACCCCUCCUCGCGGUGACCCAGCACACGAGGAGUCCUUCCAGGAUUACAGUCACCUCGUUGGUUACGCCGACAUCCAGUACAACUCCGCCCGCAACGCCGCUGUUGUCACCGUCAACGCUGCACACAAAGAGGGUGCCACCUUGACCUACAGCUUCAACGGUGCCGAGCAGUCUUCGCCCAUCUUCCAGGUCACCAACAGCCUCCAGACUGCUUUGGCCAUCACCGUCACUAGCUCCGAUGGUAAGAAGUUGGUCCUCGAGCCGAUCAACUUCUUUUGGCAGCACCAAUCGCUGUCCGCCGCUCAGAGCAGCUUCAACAACGGCCAGAAGGGAGGUAUCGUCGAGUUGUUCGGAUGGCCCUGGAAUGACAUUGCCAAGGAGUGCGAGUUCCUGGGCAAGGCUGGAUACAUGGGUGUCAAGGUCUGGGCUCCUAAUGAGCACGUCUGGGGUUCUCACUACUAUGAGCCCGAUGGCCAAUUCCGUCCCUGGUAUUUCGUUUACCAACCUGUCUCAUACCGCCUGCAGAGCCGCAUGGGUACUCGUGAAGAGCUUCGCAACAUGAUUAACUCCUGCCGUCGUGCUGGUGUUCGAGUCUACGCCGACGCUGUCAUCAACCACAUGUCCGGCCAAGGAACUGAUAUCCAGAACCACCGCGUCGGCAACUGCGAACUGUACAGCGGACACAACGCGACGGAAAACUCUCCCUAUUACACCUCUGGCAACACCUUCCUCAUCAACCCCUUCACCGGCACUCGUCCCACCCUCGAGUUCCCCGCUGUCCCCUACGGUCCCACCGACUUCCACUGCGAGCGCUCCCUCAACAGCUGGACUGAUGGCAUCGUUGUCACCAAGGGCUGGCUCGUCGGCCUCACCGACCUCAAUACCUCCAAGCCCUACGUCCAGGACCGAAUCGCCACCUACCUCACCGACCUCCUCUCCAUCGGCUUCUCUGGCUUCCGUGUCGAUGCUGCUAAGCAUAUUGGCCCUCAAGACAUGGCUCAGAUUCUCGCCAGGCUCAAGAACAAGAUGGGCGGUUCGCUCCCUGAUGAUUUCAUCACCUGGAUGGAAGUCAUCAUCGGUGGUGAAGCUGCGCUCAUGGCUUGCAGCGGAGGUGAAUGGAGCUGGUACACCAACUUUGACAACAAGAUGAGGGCCGCUGGUCUCAGCAACGAAGACAUCCAGAAGGUUAAGAUCUGGAGUUCAGACUAUCCCAAGGAGAUGCCCAUCUGCGGUCAUUGGAUCCUUCCUCCUUCCCGAUUUGCCAUCCAGAACGACGACCACGACCAGCAGAACGACGGUUCCUCCUCUCGUGACAUGGCCGACAAGGGCUCUGUCCUCAUCAAGGAGAAGAACGUCGCCGCUCACCGCAACUUCGAGGUCAACCUCUUCGCCCGCCGUGACAACGACUGGCACAUCAAACUCAUCCUCUCCUCCUACAUGUUCAUGCCCAACGGCGGCUCUGGCUUCCCCGACGGCUUGAGUGACUGCUCUCUCCACUACACCGGUAACCAGAACAUCAACGGAUGCAAGGGUGUGCCCAAGGACACUGCCUACGUUGCCAAUGCCUGUGGAUACACGAUGCAGCCCGGUAAAUAUACCAGACCUCACCGUGAUAUCAGCAUCAUCAACGCGAUGAGAGGCUGGGUUGGUCUUGGUCCUACCAAUGCUAAUGCUUUGGGUAUCCCCGGGUGCCAGUGA